CUCAUUCACGCACCACACCAGGUAGCCAGAUGUUCAUAUUGCUCAUUUAGUGUCAUAUCAGCUACCAACAUGCAAGCCUCACCAUCUAAAGCCCGGGCUGAAGCCCUCGAAUCCCACUCGUGGUCGCUAGUUCUGACGUGGCUUUCAACGCUGUGUCAUCCGUCACCAAUCCCGUCGUUCGAGCGCGAUGCUACCACGCUCAAAGCCUUGCAGAAACUCAUGACCGAGAACAUUGCCGCAGAGAAGUGGAGAGACCUGCUGUUUCUAGCACAGAUUGAGGGACUGGCCUUCCAUCAGCAAGAACGCCUCCAUCACGGCACAAGCUCCGAAAACGAGGCGGAAUCUCUUCUUCAUCUCCUUGCCCUUUCGCUCCCGGCAUCAUCGAAACCUUCACUUGACUCUCUGUCGGCCUCAGCAGUCUUGCUAGGCUGCUUCCACUCAGCUACGCUACAGACGUCAAUUCUGGAGAGUCUACAGUCCCAGAUCCUCAGCCUUCCAGGCCAAACCUUCGCGCUUGCAACACACCUUUCGUGCAUCGACAGUCUCAACUCCAAUAUCCGAGAAGAGAUCAGCCAAUUCCAACGAACUCUUUCUGGUGCCUCGUCCUCUAUUGGCCAACGUCGAGAUCGUCUCGUGACGGAUUCGGACGCGACCUCACUUUCACCACCCCGGACCCCAAUUACGUCCACCUUUCCGACCGACGACAACGACGAUGACGGUGAGGUUGGCAUCAGGGAAUCCUACUCAAGGCUACAUGCCCAGACUCUUCGAUAUCAGCUCGAAACUAAGCAACUCAUGCUGAAGUGCGCCGAAUAUACCGACCGCAUUGCUGCGCUGGAGCGACAAAUUUCAUCCCGCAACGCCGGCUCGGACCGUCCGACCCUGGCCGACGUAGCUUCUAAACAGACGCUCAUUGACCAGAAGAAACGUCAAGUCGAGACGCUUGAGAUGAAGAUCCUGGAGUUCCAUGGACUACCACCCGACAUUGACGCCAGUCGGGCGGAAGUUCAACGAGCGCAAGUGGAGUUGGACGAGCUGAAGAGGCGGAGGGAGGAGCUAUUUGAGCGACUGAGCUCAUAAGAAAUGCUAAUAUUCGGUAAAUUCAUGGUCACUCUCGAUCACCAGUCUCAAGGAGAGUGCAAAGCAGGCCAAAGAAAAACAUGCCAGAGCUCUUCUGAUUUCGCUACCUUGCUUUGCGCGAAUACCUCUAGCGCUAUUGCCGUGUCUAAACUCAAAUAACUGGCAUAGAACUCGAUUCCUCAGGUGCCUGGUGUCAAAACACAAUGCUGAUCGUAGUUAUACAAAUCCUGGCCGAGAUUCGCUUCGCACCGAUAUCAAACAACCGUGCCUAAUCGCCCUCUUUUCAAAGGCGUCGAUUUUUCCUCCUGCCUCGCUCUCUUCCUCGUCGCAACGAUCUUAUCUCUCUCCGCCUUGGCAGCAAGAUACUUCUCCGUAUGAGCGAGCGGCUGUCCAUCUCGUCCUCGC